AUGCCCGUGCAGGUGCUUCCUCUGCUUCUGUGGCCUCUGCCCCUGCAAGAUCAGAUGAUCCCGCAUGGGCUCAUGCUCGUGCAGUGCCUAAUGCAAAAAAAUAACACUAUAUGUUUGCAUUGUAAUAAGUUGAUUAAAGGGGGUGGUAUUACUAGACUUAAGUAUCAUCUUGCUGGGAUUAGAGGUCAAGUUGAACCAUGUAAAAAGGUUUCAUCUGAUAUUAGGUUUCAAAUGAAACAAAUGAUUGAAGACUUGAAAAAAUCUAAACAAACUAAAAAGAGGAUUCAAUUAGAAAUUGAGAACCCAUAUGAUGUUGAUGAGGAGGAGGAGGAGGAGGAGGAGGAGGAGGAGGAUGAUGAGGUUAGGGUUGUUGAAAAGAGUCCCCUUCAAACAUUAGGUAAACGAAAAUCUAGGGGAAAUGAUGUUGACAAUGAUAUGGGUCAAAUAAGAGGAAAAAAGAAAAUUAAGAGUUAUUUUGCUCCUAGAACAACCCCCGGUGCUCAACCCUCUAUAAGAAGUGCUUUGGCUACAAAAGCAAUGAUUGAUAAUGCAAAAAUGAAUGUGGCAAGAUGGUGGUAUCAUUCUAAUGUACCCUUUUAUGCAUCUCAGUCACCCUAUUAUCAACCUAUGAUUGAUUCCAUUACUGCUAUUGGGCCGGGAUUUAAGGGGCCUUCUUUUUAUGAGUUGAGGGGACCCCUUUUGAAAAAUGCUGUCCAUGAAGUUAAUGAUUUUUUGUUAGAUAUAAAAAAUGAUUGGAAAGUAUAUGGCUGUUCACUGAUGUCUGAUGGGUGGACAAAUCAAAAGCAACAACCAAUAAUGAAUUUUUUGGUGUAUUGUCCAAGGGGAGCCAUGUUCUUGAAAUCUAUUGACACUUCAGGCCUUACAAAGGAUGCUGAAACUUUGUUUAAUAUAUUUGAUUCUGUUGUUCAAGAAAUUGGUGUGGAAUAUAUUGUGCAAUUGAUUACAGAUAAUGCUUCUGCCUAUAAAAAAGCUGGAAAAAAAUUACAGCAGAAGUAUGGUACUUUAUUUUGGUCUCCUUGUGCAGCUCAUUGCAUAGACUUGAUGUUAGAGAAUAUUGCUAAUCCUAGGUGGUUCCCUCUUAUUGAUGAAGCAAUUAAGAAGGAAAAAAAGAUAACAAAAUUCAUUUACAACCAUGGAGUUGUUUUAGACUUGAUGAGGCAAGAUUUUACAAAUGGAAGAGAGUUAUGUCGUCCUGCAAUUACAAGGUUUGCCACUAACUUCUUAAGUCUACAAAGCAUGCUAAGGUUCAAAAAAGAGAUUAGACAAAUGUUCACUUGUGAUAAAUGGCUUUCAUGCCCCCAUGCUAAGACUGCCGUUGGGAAGGAGAUAAGUAAAAUUGUUUUGGAAGAUUAUGCGUUUUGGUCUUAA